AUGGUCCUUCCCUCUCUCUUCUCCAAAUCCUCUUCCAAAUCUUCGAAAAAGUCAAAACCCCACGACAACCUCCCGAACCUCUCCACCCCCGGUUCUCGAAGUAAUCAAGGCACCCCUCCCUCUUCUCCCGAGAAGAAGUCCUAUCACCGCGUAAAGGACAAGGACCGGGAAAAAGAACGCCGCUCGCUUUCCUACUCCUCCAAACGCUCCUCCAAGCACGAUCGUGACUCACAUCCUCUCAAUCUCCCUCCAGACGAGCUAAGGCGACUGUCUUCAGCCAUGUCCCAAAUGAACGACCAGCCCACCCCCCAGCCCAUGGACAUCGAUAGCCAACCUUCCAGUCCUGCUGCAUCUCAGCCUCCCAAAACGAAUGGCACAACCAACGGCGAACAGCAACCCUCAAAGCCCGCUCCUCCUCCACACAGAUAUACCACAAGCCCACCUCCCCAGUCCGCAAACUAUGCCGCUACCCCCGAGGACGCUUCCCCGCCUGCUGAGCUGCCUACCAUAAAUGCGGAGGAGUACAAGGCUGCCGGCAACAAAUUCUUCAAGAUCAAGGAUUACCCACAGGCAAUCAAGGAAUAUUCCAAAGGUUCGUACUCGUCUGCGCCCACAGCCAUCGAAGCCGAUCCCAAAAAUGCCACCUACUACUCCAAUCGAGCGGCCGCGCUCAUGUCGGCAAACCGAUUCGUCGAGGCAUUGGAGGACUGCAAGACCGCUGACGAACUUGAUCCUAGCAAUAUGAAGAUUCAGCUCCGUCUCGGACGACUUUACACUAGUUUGGGCCGACCCGACGAGGCAGUGGCUGUCUUUGAUUCUAUCAACCCUCCUACUACGGCCAAGGACAAGCAGCCUGCACUCAUCAUGCAGAGGCACCUUCGACAGGCAGAGGAUCUUGUUGCCAGCGGCGGCUCCUCCUCUCUGAUCUUACAUGCAUUGAACGAGGCAGAGCGAGGUCUCGGUUCUGGCGUCGACAAGCCAAGGAAGUGGACUUUGAUGCGCGGAGAGGCUUAUUUGAAGAUGGGCAAUGUCAAUGCGUUGGGCGAGGCACAGAACGUGGCCAUGUCACUGCUACGGAACAACAGCCAGGACCCCGAGGCACUUGUGCUACGAGGACGCAUCUUGUACGCACAGGGAGAGAACGACAAGGCCAUCCAGCACUUCAGGCAAGCUCUCAGCUGCGAUCCAGACUUCAAGGACGCCGUGAGGAACCUCCGAAUGGUGCAGAAGUUGGAGAGGAUGAAAGAGGAGGGUAACGCUGCUUUCAAGGCUGGUCGCUUCCAAGAGGCCGUUGAGACAUACACCAAGGCUCUCGAGGUCGAUCCCUCCAACAAGAACACAAACUCAAAGAUUCUCCAGAACCGAGCCCUCUGCCAGACCAGGCUGAAGAACUACAAGCCUGCCAUUGCGGAUUGCGACAAGGCUCUUGAGCUUGAUCCAAGCUAUCUCAAGGCACGCAAGACCCGAGCCAAGGCAUUGGGCGAGUCGGGCAACUGGGAAGAGGCAGCCCGCGAAUACAAGGCCAUCCACGAGGCCAACCCCUCGGAGCCUGGCAUUGCACGAGACAUUCGAAACGCCGAAUUGGAGCUCAAGAAGAGCAAACGCAAGGACUACUACAAGAUUCUCGGGAUCGAGAAGGACGCGACCGAGCAGGAGGUCAAGAAGGCUUACCGCAAACUUGCCAUUGUCCACCAUCCCGACAAGAACCCUGGCGACGAGGAGGCGGCCGAGAGGUUCAAGGAGAUUCAGGAGGCACACGAGACUCUGAGCGACUCACAAAAGCGAGCACGAUACGACUCUGGCGAGGACCUUAUCGACCCAUCCGACAUGUUCGGUGGAGGCGGCGGCUUUGGCGGUGGUGGCAUGGGAGGCGGUGUCCAGAUCGACCCCGAAAUGCUCUUCCAGAUGUUCGGCGGUGCUGGCGGCAUGGGCGGCGGUCGCCCAGGAGGCGGAGGCGGAGGCUUCGGCGGCUUCCAGGGCGGAAGCCCCUUCGGCGGGAUGGGUGGCAUGCCUGGCGGCGGCGGCGGCCGUCGUGGACAGUCAUUCCAAGGCGGAUUCCCAUUCUGA